UAGAAAAUUGAAUUUUAAGUACAAAUUCAAAAUUAAUGUUUAUAUUGUUUAACCAAUAAACAAAAAGAAAUAUAAUUUAUCACCUUAGUAAAUUAAUAUAAGCAAUGCAUAAUUAAUCGUAAUAAUAAGAGUUUUAACGCAUGUAAAGUCACUAUUUAAAAUAUUAAAAAUAAUGUUACGUGUCUGCGCAAACUGAAUUUCUGUAUUAUUAAUCUGGUUGCAUGAGUGUGUCUAUAAAAAUAAUGCAUUAUUAACAGGACCGCUGGCGUUAGCCGAUUUGUUUGUUUACAACAUAAUCUGAAUAAAGAUACUAUGUAUAUCAAAAGAGCUGUCCGUAAUUGUAACAUCAAUGUGAUCAAUGGAUACCAAUCCCACAAUCAUUAUCUUAUUGCAGUGCUCGUUAAAGAUCAUCUUUUAGAACAUAUUUUUUCGUAUCUGAAUUUAAGAGAUUUAAAAAAUUGUAUGUUGGUAUGUAAAACAUGGUUUAGAAUACUUAAUGACGAAAACAAUGAUGUGUGGAGAUACCAUUGCAUGAGAAGACUAGCAGAAGAAGUUCUAAGAUCUGAUUUACUUUCAAGCCUUCCAACCUACAAAACUAAAUUAAGAGCAUAUCUCCAUGCAUGGAACCCAUAUGAUUGUUCAAGAAACAUAUACAUCAAACCGAAUGGAUUUACUUUACAUCGAAAUCCUGUUGCACAAAGUACAGAUGCUUGUAGAGGCAAAGUGGGAUUUAGUAGAGGCAGACAUGCAUGGGAAGUUGUAUGGGAAGGACCCUUAGGAACAGUUGCUGUAAUAGGGGUUUCUACAAGAGAGGCACCAUUGCAGUGCCAGGGGUAUGUGGGUUUACUGGGCUAUGAUGAGCACAGUUGGGGAUGGAAUUUGGUUGAUAACAUUUUACUGCAUAAUGGAGAAACUCAUGGAGAAUAUCCCCUAUUAAACAAUAGCCCCAAAUAUCAAGUUGGAGAGCGUGUGAGAGUUAUAUUGGAUUGUGACUCUGGAACUCUGUGUUUUGAAAAAAAAUAUGAAUUUUUGGGUGUUGCUUUCAGAAAUCUGCCAUUCAAAACGAAGUUGUAUCCAACAGUGUCUGCAGUGUAUGGUAAUACAGAAGUGUCAAUGGUGUAUGUUGGUUUACCCCUUGAUGGUUGAUUGCUACUGUACAAAUUAUGGGUGCAACUAGUCAAUGUGUGUGAUAAAUAUCAUAUCCUUAUGUCUAUGCAUUAAAAAAGACUAAGGGUACAUGAAUAAAUAUUCUAAAGCCACAGCAAUAAAUAGCAUCAAUCACAAAUUUUUUCAACUUAUAGUCAGUCUUAACUCUAAGUAAUUAUAGUCAAAACAAUAAGUCUUUAUGAUUCUAGUCAUAAUAUAGGCAUAUUUCCUUAACUUAGUCUAGUUACUAGUCAUAAUAUGAUAUUUAUUUUGAUUUUGAGUGAUUUGUUAUAUAAAUAGUUCCUAAGAGCUAGCGCGCAAGAUCAACUUUUGUAUCUGCAACUAUUUUGUCACU